UCACCAGGUCUCGGAUGGCGAUUCCUGGCUUUCACUUGGCGAUCACCAGGUAAAGCUGAGAAGGGAGAGACCUACAUGCUGUUCUGUGUCUCUCUGAGGAACAGAGAGAUACAAAACAGCAUGCCUCCCUAGUAAAACACAGCACACAGUAAAAUACACACACCACACAGUUUGAUCGCCAAAAGUUAACCCUUUCCUUCCCAGCGUCAUUAGUAUAGUGUCAGUGCUUUUUAUUAGCACUGAUCACUGUAUUAUUGUCACUGGGGAUGUCAGUGGCAGUUAGUCAGUUGCCACCCAGUGUCAGAAUGCCCCCCCGCAGUCCUGCCAUAA